UCUGUGUUUAUCUUCCGCAACAGCAACACGGUCUGCUCGCUGCUGCUGGGAAUAAUGGCUCUGAGAUUUUUGUGCACUACAAAUAUUUCAAAUCAAAAACAUCAUGGUUCUGCUAAAACUCUUGUCUGUGAAUAUGCAAUUCCAGCGAAAGUGGAGUUGAGAAACAGCAACAAAAAGUGUCUUGAGAAUGUGAAGAGCCUCGUGAACACUGUGGGGCUUCCCUCCAUUUCAUCAACUCCUCUUGAAUCUCUCCAGAGAGGUAACUGGGUCAAGCUCAUUUGUGGUGCAAGCUUUGAGGAUGUUGUUGAUAUAAGAAACCUUAGUCUGGUUUACACUCUUGCAGGAGUUGACUGCAUUGACUGUGCUGCUGAUGCAUCGGUUGUCAGCGCUGUGAAUGAAGGAAUUGAAGUUGCAAGUGAUAUCGUAUGUCUUCGCAGGCCGUGGGUUAUGAUCAGUGUCAAUGAUGAUAAAGAUCUUCACUUUCGUAAGGCUGAAUUUGAUCGAGAGGACUGUCCAGCAGACUGUUCACGGCCUUGUGAAAGUGUGUGCCCUGCUAACGCAAUAUCAUUCGGGAAAUCUACAUUAGGAAUUUCAUAUAAUACUGAAGCUCCAAGGGUACUAAAGGACGGAGUCAUAACGGAACGCUGCUAUGGCUGUGGUCGCUGUCUUCCAGUUUGCCCCUAUGAUAAAAUAAGAGAAGUAACAUAUGUAAGAGAUGCUAUUACAACUGCUGAUCUUAUCAAGAGAAGUGAUGUUGAUGCUUUGGAGAUACAUACAAGUGGGAGGCAGAGUACAAUGUUCAAAGAACUCUGGUGUGCUCUAGGAGAUUCAGUGGCAAAUUUGAGGCUAAUAGCCGUUAGCUUACCUAAUGGCGGGGAUUCAACAAUAUCCUCUAUGAACAAAAUGUUCUCUAUUAUUAAACCCAAUCUUCGAAGCUUCAACUUAUGGCAGUUAGAUGGCCGUCCCAUGAGUGGAGAUAUUGGGAGAGGAGCAACUAAGGAAUCAAUUGCCUUUGCUGUUCAAUUGGCUAAAGCAAAAGAAAGACCUCCAGGUUUUCUUCAACUUGCUGGUGGAACUAAUGCUCACACAAUUGAUGGGUUAAAGAAAGAGGGACUCUUUCAAACAACAUCUAUUACCGAGUUCUUAGAUGAUGAAGUGUCAACAAUCAGCUCAUCUGAUUCAUCGCAUGCUUUAAUUGGGGGCAUAGCUUAUGGCGGCUACGCACGGAAGAUUGUUGGUAGAGUAUUGAGAUCCAUGCAAUCCCAACAUGGUGGUGCUGCUCAAAUCGAGGAUCACCCUAAGCAUCUCUUGAUGGCUCUUAGGGAAGCACUUGCUUUGGUUGAACCUGUUAAAUGUCUAUGAUCCAAAACUACUACACAUUCACCCUAUUUGAAACUGUAGUGAAUACAAAGAUAGAAUAGAAACUUGUUAAAAGAUAAUAAUAAUAAUAAUAAUAAUAAUAAUAAUAAUGUAACAGCCCCAAACCCUGUAGCAUGAUAUUGUCCGCUUUGCCCUCGGGCUCACGGUUUUGUUUCUUGGGACACCCCACAAAAGGCCUCACACUAGAAGAGGUAUCCACACCCUUAUAAGACAUGCUUCGUUCCCCUCUCCAACCGAUGUGGGACAUUACAUCCUCCCCCACUGGGAAUACAUCCUCCCCCACUGGGAAUACAUCCUCCCCCACUGGGAAUACAGCGUCCCUGUUGUACACACCGGUCCAGGGCCAGGCUCUGAUACCAAAUGUAACAGCCCCAAACCCUGUAGCAUGAUAUUGUCCGCUUUGCCCUCGGGCUCACGGUUUUGUUUCUUGGGACAUCCCACAAAAGGCCUCACACUAGAAGAGGUAUCCACACCCUUAUAAGGCAUGCUUCGUUCCCCUCUCCAACCGAUGUGGGACAUUACAUCCUCCCCCACUGGGAAUACAUCAGAGCAGGGCCUCUCAUCCAGUACGGUGUGGUUCGAGGACGAACCAGGCGGAAGCUGGUGGGCAUGUAACAUCCCGGGCGCUGACGAGGGCGGGGAGUGAUCGCCGGUGCGAAAGGGCAUGGACAAGGAGCGGCUCCUGGCAGGCUUCUAGGGACGGGGGUACAUGAAUGAAUCGAAUCCACACCCGAAAGAGAGAGAUUCCAGAGACUGUGCUGGUAUGAGACGGUAUAGUUGGGAAUGGAUUAUAAGAAUUAAUUGGUACUACCUAUACUAACAAGAUGCAUCUACUUUUCGGUAGCCCGGAACGGAAGAACUCCAUAGUUAAGCGUGCUUGACUUGGGGCAAUUCUGGGAUGGGUGACCUCCCGGGAAGUUUUCCCGGGAAGUGUGCGAGUGAGGACAAAGCACGCUGAAAAGUCUCGUGUUAGUGUGUGGGGACAGUCGUUAAUCCUUGCAAGUUGCCGGGCAUUACAAAUAAUAAUAAUAAUACCACCAGAGCACAAUGUAAAGUACUUUCCAUUCAUGCAGCAAAAUGAAAAACUGUUGUUUAACUGUUAUCAGUAUGAGAUGACAAAAUUUGUGCUUGAUUGGUGGGGAGCGCCAGCCCAAAACUGCAGAGCAAGAUAGCAUAAGAUGCAUGAGUGAAUUCAAAGUGCAAACACUUAUUCUCCUAUAGGUUUCUCAUCUUGUCCCAGAAAUACAUGGUUUAAACGUGUAGGUUGUUGGAAAUCGACAAUUUACAUAGUACACAAAUCGCAAAUGAAAAGAGAAAGAGAGAGAGAAUUGACAUGGUGAUUUAUUUUGGUUCACCCAACGUAGGUUAUGUUGUUUAAAAGACAGUGAGUGAUAAUUAAAAUCACUAAUAGAAUUGAACUGGUGUAUGAAGCAGAUGAGAAUACUAAUCAUGAACACAAUGCAAUGGAUAAAAUAAAGAACAAACUUACAGUAUGUUAGAGUACAGAACAAAAUGAACAAUGUAUGCAGGAUAGUAUAAGAAAUCCAAGCUCAAUAAAAAGUGUCUCCUUAAGACAUUUUGUUUCCUCACUGACGCCGAAGGUUGAUGAAUACUUGUCUCCUAGGUUAGAACGGAUUGCGUCUGAAGAAUGAUGACACUAUCAGUCAACAGUCUGAAUGAACACAACAAGAUACCAGAGAAAUUACACCAGAAAAAAUGGAAGGAAGCAUGCAAAAUCGGAUGAAGGAAAAAUUCCUGCAGAGUAACAGUGUAGAAAAUCGGAUAAAAUUUCUGAAGGGGUCAGGGUCUAUAUAUAGACACUGACCGGUCACGAUGAACUGCCGUGACUGACGGCUGCGAAUGGGUAUAACCGAUGACCGGUUCGGUUCAAUAUUGAAUGAACGUGUCGGUUCGAACCGAAAAGGAAGAACCGGUUCGGUUUAAAACGUUCAAAAAAUCGGCGGGAAGAAACGUUUGGUUUGAAGAAUCUGGUGGAAAGCAACGGAUAGGGACAAGGGUAUUUUUGGACAAAAAAUUAAUAAAAUAAUUUUUAUUUCACACACACGUACGAGUCGAGCCGGCCGGCCAGAUGACGACGCGCGUGUGGUUGACCAAAGGCCAUCUAGCCCCUCUCCCCUCCACAAAAGUGUAGUGCCCCAAUUUAGAAGUGUGAGGUGGGAGUUUAUAUACCCUCUCACCUCUUCUUAGUUAUCCAAUGUGGGACUUCUUAAAACUCACCUAACCCUUCAACUUCCCUCUUCUCUUUUCUUUUCUUCCUAAACCCAUUUCUUAUUCAUAACUCAUAGGAUGUAUAUACAAAUUUCCAACGUCCAAAUUGUCUGUAUUAUUUUCAUCUCAUCGUCACUCAUUACAAGUCACUCGGUUUACAAUGAGAAUAUACAUAAGAUUAGAAAAUCCUAAAAGUAGCUAUUUAUGGGUCCAAGCUCAAACUUUUUAUUAAGAAAAAGAAAAACUAUAAUAAAUCAGAGGCCCACAAUAGUACCUAGUCUUUACAGGCCUGAGAGUGCUGCUCUCGGACCUCUGCUGCUCACCUGGGAGCGGGACUCCAGUUGCCUUUUGUCUUUCUGCUGAUCCUAACAAUAAAAAUUCUCAUCAACAUUUAAAGUAUUAGCCAUACCCAACAUAGACUAGUUUGGGGUCCGAGGGGAUGGUGGAGUUCUUGGCUUCUUGCACUGAGACGAGGGAUAUAUGGCCCUAUGGUGGGCCUGAGUGAAAUACAAAUAUAAUGUAAUUGUGACAAAGCAAAUCAAACUCAAAAUAGCCUAAAAGGGCCCGUUUGG